AUGAUCAUUAUUCUUCUCGUCUUUGCGAUAGCUUCACGAUCGGUCGCGGCGGCGGAGGACGCUGGCGAUGACAUGUCGGACAACCUAUUCUCAGAUCUUGCUCCGCUCCUCACGCUCUUCGGCGAGCAGUUUGCGAAGCAAUACAUGAGCCAGUCGAUGAGCUGGCUUGACAAUGUCAUCUUCGCCAUGGCACCGUUGGGCAUCAUCACAGCUAUUGUUGGGGCCAUUCGAGUCGGCGGCCCAUCGUGGCUGAAAGCGCUCGUCGGAAGGGCUCAGGAGAAUUGCGCAACCGUCGAGGUGGAAUUGAUGUCCUCUACUUCGCACGAGGUCUGUGAGCUCUGGAAUGGGCAGGGCGUUAUCAGGACAAUGGGGAGUCCAGAAGUUAUGCAGAUAAUUUACCUCGAAUCGGCAGCUGGCACCGACUCGGCAGAGACAUUCGGGCUACAUACCGUAGAGAGUGCAUUACAGGCUGGUCUUCUUGAUACCAAAGAGGGUGACACCCCACUGACAGCAUCCAGCUUGGUCUCGUCCAGUGUAUUUUCGUUCAGCGCACCCCCAUCUACACGAAAACCGCCUACCGAGGACUUGGAGCAGAACGGCCAGGGAGCGGACCGGAAGAACAGACGAUCGGCUUCGAAUAUGGACGGCCUCCAAGCAGCCCCCAACAUAUCGCUCAACCUUCAUGGCGGCACCGCGAUUGGCGAACUUUCGCCAGCGAUUCAGGACGGCGUUGGACAAUGGCCAUUUCCCGUUUUGGCCACGGGGACCAUUGCGCUCGUUAUCGGGAUGUUCAUUUGCUCUGCCGUUGUGAAGCACAGCACAAAGGAGACAAAGUUUGUGCUACCGCAAAAUGAUCGUACUCCAAAACAUCAAUCCGGAGAUCCGCUGCCUGUUGCAACCGGCCAAACACGAGUCGAAGAGCCGAAGAUCCGCACAACGAAGCCUAAAGCUGCCCGCAUACUAUGGCUGCAGUCGUCCCAUACCGUCAGCGACCAGGCGUUUGAUUCGGACGAUAACAACAUUCGUCCAAUACGCAUCCACACGACUCCGAAAUCUCCCCCAAGUUCGAAUAUAGCCGCCAGCUUCAUGGAGAAAUUAUGGGGUUUCGCCGCCUUCUCCCAGAAUCUGACCGUCAUCGGAACAUUCUUUGGGCUGGCCGGUUUUGUUCUUCAGUUCCAGGGUCUGCGCGGUAUGAAUUGGUCGGCAUCGAUCGCCCAGCUACUCGCUGUUUCUCUUAUGACGGCCUGGCGCGCGUGGCUCCGGCGGAUUCUCACCGCUACUCCGAUCCCGAAGCAAGUCCUCCCCAAACACGAAAUGGAUUGGUUGGCAUUAUGGGUGUCAAGGAAACUCGGAGAUGAUACGGAUACCGGGGGCGCCAUUGCUUGGCCAAAGACAGAGGAAGAAAUUGACGAGGAAGCCGAGGAAUUGAAGCAACGGCAGCAGAGAGACUUGGCUCAAGAGCGCCGCGGCCCGCGAUCGGCGGCGGUGGUGGCUAGGAGUUCCGAUUCUCACGUCGAAGCCCCACCGGUGGAACGACUGAUCUGGAAGAUUGUCACCAAUACGCAAAACAUGGCCUGUCGCGGAGAGCACAAUAUGCAGCAACGCAUCACUAGAGUACGCGGCGCAAGUGGAUCUAGUAUUGUGGAACAUAGCACAUCGGAGGGAAACGACGUGGGUGGAUCCGACAUCGCAGAGGGGCAAGAUUCCAUUGUUCCGGCCAUAAACUCAGAGGAAAAGCGCGAACAGCUGGGCUCACCGAACAACCACAAAGAUGCACAACAAGCGCUGAGAGUAAGACAGAGGCUGGGGCAGCUGACUAGGUGGGAAGGACCUGCAACCCAGAUGUCGGUUGCUAUGGCGAGGUCUAUCGCAGUGGUCCUGGAUACACUGUUCUCCGGUGAAGAUGUCAACGAGACAGAGUCGUUUUACUGGUUUCUGAAUGUUCAACUUCACGAUCGAGAUGUCAAAAAAAUCGAAAGAAUCAAAUUCCGUGCCUACAAAAACCCGGGCGAAAAUUGGAAAGCUGAUGCCACAGAGAUAGAGGCAGCGUUGUCUCUGUGGCUUUUUCAUAUCCGCGAAAUACAGGCUAUUUCGCGCCAUGACAGGACGGAGGAGGAGGACGCCCUGAAAGGCUCGGGGAAGGAAAAUGAUUGGCUUCAGAAAGAUGUGGAGUUGAGCCAGAAAGUUGUUCGUCUUCUAGGUCUGGAUACUGCCAGUUUACAGAGAGAUAUUGGCCGGUGGGUCGGGAUCGCACCCCACUCAAGCGGGCAUUCGAGCGACGCAAUUAUCGGUACCAACGAUAAGCCCAAAGGAUUUCCUGGAUUCUUGGGACCGAUUGGGUUUCUCGGCUUAGAGUCUACAGAGCGAACUAUUUCCGGGGAUUCCCAGCAAUCCGCUCUGACCGUAGACUGCAACGCGUCGCUUGAGAGCUUGCUCGCACAGCAUAUCUUUACGGCUUUCAUGUGGUCGAUGGCGAUAGACAUGCGCGUCCGCUUUGACGACGACUCCUCGAUUUUGUCCUGCAAGGACUACAGAGUGGAAGAUUCGGACACGCUACUGUCUUUGAGACUUGAGAGUAAGACACUCGCGGAGAUGACCGAAGGUAUUCAAGGCACCGGAUUAUGCAGUUUGCUGGAAGCAUAUAUAUGCAUCAUUCCGCCGCUCAGUUCUGCAAAGAGACUCCCGGUUCGGGCUGUGGUCGACUUUGCGAGGCAACAGAGGAAAGGCCCGGAGCUGCUGGGGCUGUGGGAGAAGGUGGUGCCCCAGAAGCAGACGGGACAAGAAAGGAUAGGGUGGAAGGAGCAGGAGGGGCGGAGGAAGCGGAUAGGACGGAAGAAGCAGAUGGAGUGGAAGAAGUUGGUGGGCUGGAAGGAGAAGACGGAGCGGAAGGAGCCGAUGUCAAAAUCAUCUGGGCCCUUAUGAGAGGUGGUGCAGAUUUGGAUGUCUGUGGGAGAGACGGCAGAGGACCCCUUCACUGCGCAGCCUUGAAUGGUAAUGCCACGGCGACGAACUUGCUCCUCCAAGCAGGCGCAAACAUCGAAGUCCAAGACAAUUCGCGACAAAAGCCGAUACAUUUGGCUGCAUAUAAAGGAAGUGUCUCAGUCGUCCGUAUUUUAUUAGGUCAGGGCGCAAAUGUUGAAGCACGCGAC